GAGCAGCCCCGGGGGGAUUUCAGCGCGGCGGCGCGGCGGGCGGGCGGCAGAUGCGAGCGGCGGCGCGGCGGCUGAUGGAGGUCUUCGUGACGCGGAGGAUCCCCCCGGAGGGGCGCGCGGCCCUGGCCCGGGCAGGGGUCAGCAAUAUCCAGGAAUGGGAUUCAGAUGAACCAAUCCCUCAGACGGAAUUGUUAGCAGGGGUUGCUGGAAAGGCUGGAAUCCUGUGCCUUUUGUCUGACCGGAUAGAUAAAGAGGUUCUGGAUGCAGCAGGGCCAUCUCUUAAAGUAAUCAGUACUUUGUCUGUGGGAUAUGACCAUCUUGCCAUUGAUGAAAUAAAAAAACGUGGAAUUCGCGUGGGGUACACACCAGACAUCCUGACGGAUGCGACCGCAGAACUCACGGUAGCCCUGCUCCUAGCAACAUCUCGCCGGUUGCCCGAAUCAGUGGAGGAAGUGAAGAAUGGUGGUUGGACAACAUGGAAGCCCCUCUGGAUGUGUGGCUACGGGCUUUCUGGCAGCACGGUUGGGAUUAUUGGGCUCGGAAGAAUAGGACAGGCUGUAGCACGUCGCCUAAAGCCAUUUGGAGUAAAGAGGUUUUUGUAUAGUGGAUGCAACCCCAAACCUGAAAGAGCAGCAGAAUUUGGAGCAGAGUUUGUGCCCCUUGCCAAGCUAGCAGAGGAAUCUGACUUCGUCAUCGUCACUUGUUCUUUGACGCCCAACACCCAGGGGAUGUGCAAUCGGGAUUUCUUUGGCAAGAUGAAGAAAACGGCUUUGUUCAUCAACACAAGCAGAGGUGCUGUGGUGAAUCAAGAUGACCUUUACGACGCUUUGGUGAAGGGCCACAUUGCGGCUGCUGGUCUCGAUGUCACAACCCCAGAACCACUGCCUCCUGCCCAUCCACUCCUUUCCCUGAAAAACUGUGUGAUUCUGCCUCACAUUGGAAGUGCCACCUACGCAACCCGGAAUACUAUGUCAGUGCUGGCUGCCAAUAAUCUUCUGGCGGGGCUGAAAGGAGAAAGCAUGCCUAGCGAACUCAGGCUGUGAGAAGGAAGACUGGCCUGGUGCCAAGCGCAGUGUGCUUCCAAGUGAUUUCGUCCACUGUAACACUUCCUUGGACCACUUGUUGCCUUGGCUCCCAGAGCAUUUCAUUAAAAUGCUUUACAUGACAAA